CAACGAUCGCGCGCUUUACUUCAGCAAGUAUAAUCACGUCACUAUUCUUUCAUUUCUGGCUGCAGUGGAACCUCCCCGGAUCUACUUGGUCGUGGGCCGGCGAAGGAUUCCAAAGUCAUGAUCCCUGCAGCAGAUCAGCUAAGCAGAUCUAGGGUUGUUUCCCAGCAUCGGCGGGCGGCAUCACCUCCCCCAGCUAUUGAGCUCGACCCGAACCCUAAUCUUACGCUUGACGCGACUCGACGCCUCGAGCUCCAUGGCCCGCUGUUGUAUUCUCUCGACUCAGAGCCCGCGAUAGUGCAAAGAGGGGAUAAAAAUGGCAGGGUUCUCGCCUAUCGUGUGUAUCGUGGAUUUUCACCAUGCUAGGGGCCCGGAAGUCGAGACAUGGCUAGGCGUGGAAGAGGGGAGUGACCCUGCGAUUGAGAAUGACUGGUCGCUGCUGCCGUUUAUGGCGUUGAGCGAUGGCGCGCAUGCCUCCACGGAAGACUACUCCUACUUCACGCUCCGCCGUUCCGCGACUGACGCCCACCCGGCCUCCAGCCUCUUCGGCAUAUCAUGUACCCGCCAAUUGGACGCGAACGAGCUGAUAAAUCGACCAGCUGAGGUUACAAGGAGUACAGUGCAGAAGGCGCUCGUGGUGAUAAGUGAUAGCCCGCAGCAUUUUGGGGCUGUGAAGGCGCAGUUGGGGGUUGUUACUGCGGCGUGGUUUGCGCAAAAGGAUUUCACGGAUAUCGAGAUCUUGCAGCAGUUCCAGGAGAGUCUAGCUACGUUGCUUAAGAAUCAGGAGGGGGAGAUGGACCAUUACUUUGGGAUAUCUCUUCGAGAGUUGAUCCACGAGUUCAAGUGGCAGACGCUCGUACUCUUCAAGUGCGCUUUACUUCAACCCAAGAUGCUCUUCUUUGGCUCGCAUUGCGAACGGUUAUGCAUGAUGCAAUUCGCCCUUAUUUCUCUGAUACCCGGCCUUCUUCGCCACCUUCAAGACUCCGCCGACCCUAAGUUCAACUCCUGUGAGGAUAAACUCGUAAUGCCUACCUCAUUAAAGACCUCGGAACGCUCAUCCUUGCUUGCUUAUAUGGGACUUCCCCUACAACUCUUCGGCAAAGGCUCGCUAUUCGGACCGUAUACGCCCCUGCAGCAGCUCGACAUGCUUGCUGACCAGGACACGAAAUCGUACAUAGUUGGGUCUACAAAUUCUCUUCUGCUCCAACAGAAGGACAGGUACAGCGACAUACUGAUCAACCUCGACGAGCACACCGUAAACAUCACGUCUAGCUCGCUUCGCCACGCCCUCGUUUUAUCAACUCCCGAUAGAAGGUGGAUAGACUUCUUGACACAGACCGUAAACGAUAGCUGGGAUGAGUCCAAUCCUAGCCGGCCAAAGGAUCAUGGUUACGCUGGUAGCGAGGAAUUCAUCCGCAUGCAGUUCGAGGAGUACUUGCUCGCUAUGCUGAGCGCGGUAAAGUACAAGAUCUAUCUAGAAAAGAACAAGGAUAAGGAAAAGAUCAUAUCAGAUUUCGAGGGCGACCCAUCAAGCGAGUUCUCGAAUGACUGGGUACAAGCUUGGAUGGAGACGGAAAACUUCCGAAUAUGGAACAAGUUUACUGACUCGCACCUCUUCGACAUCGUGGACCCGAAGCACCCUUGCUCAGGAGGGCUGUCCAUCGAAGACGUGCAACGGCGACUGGCACAGCAGGUAGCGGAAAUGCAUCUCGACGAGCGGUUAGAGAAGUCACGAGAAGCGAUCGGCAAGCAGCUCGCGGUUGGUCAGAAGAAAGUUUCCUCUGCGUUCAAUAAUCUGUGGGCGGAGAUGGAAGCUAUGCGGGAAGCGCAGCGCAAGAGACAGGAGGAGCAGAGACUGGCUAGGGAGAGCGAGCCACCGAGCCCGGUUGGCGAGAAACAUGGUGGUGCUCUGGGUGGGAGAUGGAAAGCCCAACCCCCGGACCUAUCGCACGCGCAAGCAAACCUUCAGGCAGCAUCUACCCGCGCCGGCGCAUACCUCUCCUCCUGGGGCGCCUGGGCCAGCGAAAAGAAGAAAGGCUGGGCCGCCACGAGGAGCGCAAGCGCUUCCACUACCCCGGUCACCUCACCUCUUCCCUCCGUUACAAAAUUCGCGCCUGGCGAUCUCAAAAGAGCGGAGGAGUUUAAGUCAGACAAGAGCCGGAUGAGUACUGGUGGUGCCCCGUUGAGUAGCGCAAAGACAGCGCCGCCGGACGUGGAGGCUAGUACGACGAACAGGGAGAGCGUGUUCUUUGAUGCGGAGAGGGCUGAGAAGGAGGGGAGGAGUAAGGAAACGGAGAACGUUGGAUAGAGUCCGGGGUGAUUAUGGCAGAUGUGCGCGUGGACAGUUGAUGAUACCUAGAGUAAUGACGUCGAUGCCCUUGGAUUUUCGAGUUUGCACGCCGUCGUGGGCCGGCCUUGGCUUUUGCAUCAUUAGAGGAGAGAGCGUAUUCCACGCUUCUUCGAAGGCUAUAUUAUUGGUAGUCUCAAAUCAAAGCUCUUCGCAGCGCAACCCCGU